AGCAGUUCGACUCUUCCGAAUAAUCACUCUAUUGCCGCAUUGCCUAUUAGUUGUUAGUUGAAUAUUACAUUUUACAGUCGAGGUAUAGAGACGUAUAACGGCUUAUGACUGUACAUGGAUUGUCGUAAAAACUGUAGUCCUACAGCAGUUUAUUUUGUUUACAUUUAUUCAACUGUCUUCACAGAAGGGAGAGAAGACUGGAGAGAAGAAACAGAAAGGAAGAGGAUUAUGCCGCAAAUCUUUUAAAAUGUUUAUAACGGACUUUUAUUGAGUUCGUGGACGGACUGAAGAACAGGGGGUUCCCCAACACUGGACAGGGUGAGAGUGACCCCAUAGAGCUGCUACCCAGGUGCUGCAGCUUCCUCUCCUGAAGUCUUCAGAAAGGGCGUCGUCUUGUCUUAGCGCUGGUCAGUGAGUCAACAAGCGCAGUAAAAAGCUCUGCUUCACCAUGGCACAGUGGAUGCAGAUGAAACAGCUGAUCCCCUAUCUGGCCCCACAGAUCCUCAACCAGCUCUAUACCCCCUCCUUCCCCUUGGACGUGAGGUGCUACCUGGCCAACUGGAUCGAAGAACAGAGAUGGGAGGACUUUGAGCCAGAGAAGGUAGACCAGGAGUCCCAGGCCGUGUCCCUGCUGGAUCAGAUAAUCUCCUGCCUACAGAGUCUGGCCGGGCAGAACCCCAAUGUGGUGGAGAGGAUGAGGCUGCAGCACAUCUCCAAGAACAUGAGUAUGUUCCGCUCCCAGCCCCUACAGCUGGUGCUGACUGUCAGAGAUGUCCUGAGGAAGGAGAGGGAGCUGCUCAGCAGGGCGUCUACCCAGAUCCCGGCCAUAGCCCACUUCUCUCAGGAUCCCAUGGCUGUAGCCCCCACCACCCGGGACGUGGACCUGCUGGUGCUAAAGGUGCUGGAUAUCCAGAACUGCAGACAGCAGAUCCAUCAGCUGCAGGAGGAGCUCAACUGGGAGAGGCAGAACUAUGAGUCCAUGCAGGGCCCCCUCCAGCCGACCCAGACCAAUGGGAUGGACCCCAGCAUGUCAGAAGUCACCAAACUGCAGACUAACAUCAACCAGCAUGAGUAUAAUGGCCAAGUCAUAGCCAAGAAGCGUAUACAGCUGCUCCAGGAGGCAGUGACCAGUCUGGAGAAGUGUCAGUCUCAUCUGAUCAGCAGGAUCAAAGCCUGGAGGUGGGAACAGCAUCAAGCUACUAUAGGACACCCCUUUGAUGACAACCUUAGCCCUCUGCAGACAUGGUGUGAGCAACUCCUGGGGGUGAACGGGAAGUUGAGACAGGAAGUGAUGCUGGCUGGGGAGCCAAUCCCAGAUUUGCAAGAAAGACUGAGACUUCUGCUGCAAACUAUAAUCCAGAGCUCCCUGAUGGUAGACAAGCAGCCUCCCCAGGUGAUUAAGACCCAGUCUAAGUUCUCCACAACGGUGCGCUACCUGCUGGGGGAUAAGGUGGCACCCGGGAAACCAGUCCUCAUCAAGGCUCAGAUCAUCACAGAGGCCCAGGCUAGAAACCUCAGACAGCUAGGCACCGUACCCAGUGAGAAUGUUGGCGAGUUGAUCAAUAACACAGCCAUUUUGGAACACACCUCCAGCAAGAGCACAUGUGCCACCUUCCGGAAUAUGUCUAUAAAGAAGAUCAAGAGAGCAGACAGAAAGGGGUCGGAGUCUGUGACAGAGGAGAAGUUUGCUCUCUUCUUCACCACAGAGAUCAGCAUCACUGGCUGUGACACUCCCUACAGAAUACAGAUGAUCUCUGUUCCCGUGGUGGUGAUAGUUCAUGGGAGUCAGGAUAACAAUGCCCUAGCAACCAUCAUUUGGGACUGCGCUUUCUCUGAACCAGACAGGAUUCCGUUUGUGGUUCCGGAGCGCGUUCCCUGGAAGCAGAUGUGCGUGACCCUGAACAGUAAGUUCAUGUCGGACGUCGGGACAGAGCGUUGCUUUGACAGCUACAACCAACACUUCCUGGCCCAGAAGAUCUUCGACAAGCCGGACAUAGCUGGAGACUACAGCAACAUGCUGGUGUCAUGGGCUCAGUUCAACAAGGAGAUGCUCCCCGGACGACCUUUCACCUUCUGGCAGUGGUUUGACGGUGUGAUAGAGCUUACCAAGAGGCACCUGAAGAGCUAUUGGAGCGAUGGGUUGAUAUUUGGUUUCAUCGGUAAGCAGCACCUCCACCUGAUCCUAAAGGACCGCCCUAAUGGAACCUUCCUACUGCGCUUCAGUGACUCUGAGAUAGGAGGCAUCACCAUCGCAUAUGUGGCUCCCUCCGAGAACGGGGGCCAGAAGAUCCAGAAUAUUCAACCGGCUACCAAAAGAGACUUGGAGAUCCGUUCCCUUGGUAACCGUAUUCGAGACAUCGACUUUAUCACACACGUGUAUCCAGAUCUGCCAAAGAAUGAUGUGUUUCGAAGAUACUACACAGAUAACCCGUUACCUCGGGAUACCUCGGGAUACCUUGUUGUCUCCAUCCAGACGAAAGUGGGAGUGGAACCCCUUUGUGACUCUCCUCAAUGCAGUGAAACCCCACAGGACCAUAAUUCCUCUCUCUAUUCCAUGGACCAGGGAAAUAGAGCCAGCGCGUCGCCGUUCUACUCUCUCUCUCCGCACCAGCAGACCGCCUUCCAGCCUGUCCCAGGGCCCCUACAGGGGAUGUACACUGACCUCUCAAGCCCCAACAGACUCUUUCCUGCAUCUAACUUGUCCCAGGGCCCGCCUACUGAGAUGGAGAUACAGGAGAUUCUAGACACAUUCUCUGAUUAGGAGGAGAGGAGGAGGAGGAAGAGGAAGAGUAGCCUAGUGGAGACAGUUUCUCAUCACUCACAGGACAGCAGCAGAUACCACCCUAUGUUCUCUCUAUGGAACUCAUAGAACAAUGAGGAACUCUAUGGAACUCUAUGGAAUUGGAAUUGAGAGAGACAAUAUGUUCUGAGAGACAGACAUUCAUUCUACCUACCUAUCACUCCUUUCCCCUAGUUCAGUGGUUCCCAACCUUUUCCUUCCAGGGGACCACCAGAUCUGGGAACCACUCCCUUAGUUUAUUAUAUAGACAUAUAUUAAAAGCCAUUAGAUCCUUCAUUUGGUAUGACUCUUGCCGAGGCUGUGGCCUGGCCUCUCGUCAUCACUUUAGCACCCAGUACCAAAUCUUGCAUGCGUGCUUGGUCUGGCCAGUUAAUAUUUUGUCUUUCUUCUUUGGGAUAACGGGUAUGAGACGUGCAUGUUAGGCAUUCCUACAGUACUUUCCUACACUUUUCUAUACAAUAAUCAUGUUUCCACUUAAAUAAGUAUUUCAGAAACGCACCGUUUUUGCAUAUGAACUGUUAUGGUGCUGGAUAUAAUGAAUAUGAGGUUAGAAAAAGUGUUACUUUAAGACACUAGCGUCAUUAUUAGUUGUCAAUAUGAUUGUUCACUAUGUAGUAGUUUGAUGAUUUAUCAUUGUUUGCUUUUAUGUACGCAUGAUUAUUCCUCAUUGCCUAGUAGAUUACAAGAGGACUUCCACACUUACAAGAAAUACUCUUUAUUCUAUUUGGGUCGCUAAUGCUUAAAAUUAAAAUAUCUUUACAUUUUAAAGUAUUCUUUCUAUUGUAAAUAACUUUGUUUUACCUAGUUUAAUGUCAGUAAUACAGAUGGUUGAUUUUACAUGGCCUCUUAUGCAGUCCAUUUCAUAACCUAACCUACCUUACAGUCACAGAAUAGAUUGGAAUUAAAUAAUUGAUUCAGGUGUAUCUGCGGGUGACGAGAUUAAAUAUAGUUCUUUCAGAUGAGUCGACACAGCUAUAUACUGUAAGUUAUUAUAACAGUAUAUAUAUAUAUAUAUAUAUUAUACAAAACAACAUAUUUUUCUAUUCAAUGCUUUGUUAUUUCUCUGCCAUUUUUACUACUUGACCUUUAAAUUAACAAUAGCUUUUGUUAUCUCUAAGGGAAUUUCAUAGACUACUUGAUGCAUUCUGUUUUAUUCUCAACUGUGAAAAUGUAUGUUGAUAUGUUGAUCAAACACGUAUUCAAAUAAUAAAAUCACAAUUAAAGAAGA